GAGAAGCACACUGAGACCAUUCAGAUGCUAGCUUUUCCUCUACACUGGUCGAGCCAUGAGUACUUGGACAGGGAUCGUUCUCUCCUUGACGCUCAUAACUUGGGUAUGUCGGGCACAGGAAUCACCCUCGUGCCAUCCUUCUGUCACUGGAUUUCAGGCAUGCAAACAGGUCUUGAAUCUUCCUGCACUGGAAGUUCUUCCUGGAGGUGGCUGGGAUAACCUGAGGAAUCUGGAUAUGGCAAGAGUGAUCAGCCUAAACUACUCUUCGUGCAGCACUACGGAAGAUGGGGCUUAUUUCAUCCCCAACGGGUUUUUUGCCAUCGCCCGUAAACAGAGCUCCCUGGAAAUGAACUCAGAGAUCAUAGAGUCUUGGAUGGAUUACCAGUGUGCCACCUCCGUUUCCAUCAAUGCAGAGGUGUCCUUUCUUUCUAUCAACGGAAAGUUCUCCACUGACUUCCGCAGGAUGAAAACCCACCAAGUGAGAGAUCAGGCUGUGACCACCAGGGUUCAGGUCAGGAAUUUGAUGUACACUGUGAAAUUCAACCCUGGUGCAAUGUUAGAUGAAGGCUUCCAGCGGCAGCUUGUCACCAUUGCUAGCUAUCUGGAGAACAACCACACACGAAUGGCUGACUACUUGGCAGAGAUCUUGGUCCUAAACUACGGCACUCACGUUAUCACGGGAGUUGAUGCUGGAGCCAGCCUCAUCCAGGAAGACCAAGUGAAGUCCUCCUUUGUGAAAGAUGGCAGGUCCUCGAGAAUCUCUGUCACAGCUGCAGCUGGGGCCUCUUUCCGCAAAAUGCUCCACUUUGACAUUAGCACUUCAGUGGCGACAGAAAACGCUUUCACCCAGCAGUAUCAGGACAACCUCACCAGCUCCAGGGUGGAGAGUAUUGGCGGGGUACCAUUUUACCCUGGCAUUACCCUGAAAACCUGGCAGGAGAGCACCACCAACCAGCUGGUGGCUGUUGACCGUUCAGGCUUGCCUCUGCCAUUCUUCAUCACCCCAGGAAAUCUGCCGGGAUUGCCCACCCCCACCGUGAAGAGAUUGUCCAGGACUGUGGCAUCUGCCAUCUCCCGUUACUACACAUUCAACACCUACCCUGGCUGCAUCGACCCUGCCUCGCCCAACUUCAACUUCUAUGCCAACAUGGAUGAUGGGAGCUGUGAAGGGACAAUGACCAACUUCACCUUUGGUGGAGUCUACCAGGAGUGUGCUCAGCUGGAAGGUCCUGAUGCUGCUGCGCUCUGCCAGGACCUGGAGCAGAGGAACCCACUCACUGGAGACUUCUCUUGCCCCGAGGGUUAUGACGCAAUCAAACUGCGCUCCCAGCUACUUGAGGAAGGCUAUAGCCACUUGGAGUGCCGACAGGAUUGCAAACUGUGGGUAUUCUGCAGGCAAGUUUGCAGCGAUGUUUUCACCCCUUCCAUGGUCCAGUUCAGCUCCUAUUGGUGUGCAGCAAGAAACUCCGUCCCUCAACAGUCAGGGUUCCUUUUUGGAGGCCUCUUUAGUGCCCAGAGCCCCAACCCCAUGACCAACAGCCAGUCCUGUCCCUCCAACUAUUACCAGCUGAAGCUCUUGGACCAGCUCGUAAUCUGCGUCAGCAACGAUGCCCGGGCACAGAGGAAUGCUAUUCCUUUUGGGGGGUUCUUCAGUUGCCAGGUAGGAAACCCGCUGACGGGACACCACCGUGGAACAGAUGAUGACCCCUACUCCAAGAGGUGCCCAGCAGGGUUUGGCCAGCACCUGGCUCUGAUCAGCGAUGGCUGUGAAGUGCAAUACUGUGUCCAGGCUGGGCGUUUCACAGAAGGGGCUUUACCCCAAGCCCGGCUCCCUCCCUUCACUCGCAAACCUGUCAUGAGCUUAAUUGCCACCAACACCGUCCUGGUGAUGAACAGCCAUGGUGACCAGGUUUGGAUCAAGGACACCCAGACCCAGAUGUGGAAGAUAGGUAGCCCUGCCGAUCUGCACAACAUGAACGCUGCUGGUGGGAGCUUCUCAGGUGGAGAGACAGCAGGGGUCACUGUUGGUGCCACCACUGGCUUGGCCAUCCUGAUUGGCCUGUCGGUCUAUGGGUGCAGGAGGUACAAGAAAAGGGAGUACAAAAACAUCGGGGAAGAGGAGAGGAGUUUGACCUCAAGCAACAAUGCCUGUGAUUUCAUGGGCGAAAUAGAGGUUGAGCAGGAGCAGGAAAGACAAACAGUGUAGUGUGUGUGUGUGUGUGUGUGUGUGUGUGUGUGUGUGUUACUAUCAAUUACAUCAG